CAGGACCUACCCAGAAGCCGAACAGACCUUUGCCAUUUGCACAGUAGGACAAAGGUAUCUCAGGCGCCGGAGCGAGCAGAAGACGAAAGAGCAGUUGCAUCCAACUUCACAAUGGCAUCUGAAAACAAGACCACGAAUACUGGCCCUCCAAAGGCUGAAGAAGAGCAGCAAGCGAACAUAGUGAACAGGGUGGCCAGCUUGCCCUUUGUCAGCUCUGCCUACAACCUGGUCUCCUCUGCUUACAGCUACACCAAGGGGACACAUCCAUACGUCAGCAACGUCUGCAGCGUGGCAGAGAUCGUGGCUGCCAUGGCAGUGGGCAGCACAGUUGGUGGUGUGCAGCCAAUUCUCAGCCACCUGGAACCUCAGAUCGCAUCGGUAAACAAGUACGCCUGCAAGGGACUGGACAAACUGGAGGAGAGCCUGCCCUUCCUUCACCAACCAACGGAGAAGGUCAUUUCAGACAUCAAGCAGAUGAUGUCUACUAAAGUGAUGAGUGCUGUGGAUGCUGCCUAUGGCACAAAAGAUGCGGUGGCCAGCAGAGUGGCCGGAGCUGUAGAUGUAACCAAAGAUGUUGUCCAGGAUAGCGUUGAGCUGACCAAAUCAGUGAUGUCCUCCACUGUCAAUACUGCCAAGGAAGCUGCCUAUGGUGCCAAGGACAUUGUGACCAACAGGGUCAUCGAAGCAGUGGACCUGACCAGAGGGACUGUCCAGGACAGCGUUGAGCUGACCAAAUCAGUGGUGUCCUCCACCGUCAAUACUGCCAAGGAAGCUGCCUGUGGUGCCAAGGACAUUGUGACCAACAGGGUGACCGAAGCAGUGGACCUGACCAGAGGGACUGUUCAGGACAGCGUUGAGCUGACCAAAUCAGUGGUGUCCUCCACUGUCAAUACUGCCAAGGAAGCUGCUUGUGGUGCAAAGGACAUUGUGAUCAGCAAAGUGAAUACAGUUGUAGGACGGAGCAGAGAGGCUGUCCAGGACAGCGUGGAGAUGACCAGUUUCGUGGUGACCAACAGCCUGAAUAAAGCCAAGGCAGCGGGCCAGCUGGUAACAAGUGGAGUGGAUGCUGUUCUGGAGAAAUCAGAGGUGCUGGUGGAUCAUUACCUCCCCAUGACAAACGAGGAACUGGUUAGGGAAACAGAGGCACAGAGACAAGGAGUGGGGCCGUUAGUGUGUCGACGACCUUGUGCAAUGGGCCCAAGAGGACCAUCACUGGGGGUGGGCAUUCCUGCUGAUAACUUGACCCUUAUACAAUUGUUCCCUUCAGUUAAACUUGCCAUAGCCGUCGAGGGCUUCAACAUGGCCUCCGUGGAAGAGCAGAAACAGCAGCAGAGUUACUUCAUGCGCCUGGGUUCCCUCUCAAACAAAGUCCGCCACCGAGCCUACCAGCACUCCCUGAACAAGCUGCGGCUUGUCAAGCAAAACACCCAGGAUAGUCUUUCCCAACUCCAGCUGGCAAUAAACCUAAUCGAAUACAUAAAACAGAGCGUUGGUCAGAAGCUUCAGGAUAGCCUGGAGAAGCUUCAACAGCUGGGGAUGGAGUGGAGCCAGACCCAGCCAAGAGAAAACCCAGCUAACGAUGCUUCCCAGCCAGAGCAGGUUGAGUCUCGUACUCUAGCCAUGGUGAGUAUCAUCAUCCAGCAGCUGCACCCUGCCUACGUGAAUCUGGUAUCCAGCAUCCAAGGCCUCCCCAGCAGCAUCCAGGAAACGGUGCAGCAGGCCGUUAAUAACAUACAGCAGCUCCACACUUCCUUUUCCAGAGCGGAUUCCUUCCAGGACCUCUCCAGCAGCUCCCUGACCCAGAGCCGGGAGAAACUGACAAAGGCCCAGGAGUCUCUGGAUGCUCUACUGGAGUAUGUCGCACACAACACUUCCCUCAACUGGCUCGUGGGCCCUUUCGCUCCAUCAGUCAGAGUGACCCAAGAAGCAGCAGAGGAGCCGAAAGAAAUUAUGACAGAGAUGCUAUCACCUGCACGGCAAGAGUUGGCUUCAGCACAGAAGAAGGUGGCUGAGAUCCCCAAGGCACCAGAGAAGGAGAUAGCUGUGGCACUGAAGGAGGAGAAGAUACCUAAUGCACCCAAGGAGGCAAUGAAAGCACUGAAGAAGGCAGUAGAGGAGUUGACCAGGACAUCAGAGAAGAUGGUGGCUGAAAAAAAAAAGGAAGAUCCCUGAAAUGUUCCAGCCAUUGCAGCCAGCUUCCUUGGAAAGAACAGAACUUCCCUGUAGGUUUUAGUCACUCCUAUACCUGCCAGACCCAUCAAAGGGAGGGUGAUUGCCUCUCUGCACCUACCCCUGACACACUAUCCCAUGCUCAGAGCUAACAUACAGUCAGCUCAUCUAGCUGUAUCUUGCAGGAAACUCACUAACCAAAGUGGCUUGACUGUUUGCACCUACCGCUCUUGCCUUAUUUCUGAAGAACACUGUACUGAGGUGGGGGAGGGGGAAUUCUCCGUGUUGGCUGUAAGAGCUGCACGUCUGUGGCAGUCCCUGCGUGGAUUGCUACACUUCGCUGAGGACAGAUGUAGAGGAAAGCAGCAGUCUUGCAAAAAGUCAAGCAUCAAAACUAAAUGCGUCCAAACUGUGGACAGCUUAACACAACAAAAUGAUGCCGUUAACUUUUGAUACUGUUUCCUCCUCUUACUUGUUAUAGCUGUCCAUCAUGUACACUACAAUAUACUACCUCUUUUCUGAUUGUUCUGCUCCCUGCAGGGCUGAGACCAUCCAAGCAGGACAGUCGGCAGCAGCUGUGGAUGUCUCCAAACUUUUCUUUUGCACAUAAACAGUAUCAAGGGGGGGAUGUGUUGUUUUUUUUUAAGUGCCAGUGUUCAAUGGGACUUGUGCUCGCAACUUAUUCAGUACUUUUAAAAAUUCCACUCAGAAAACUAACUCUGUGCAUAUCAGAUUCACCCAGGUCCCAAGCACUCUGCAGCCACUGAAAACAAUGGCUAACAGCAGCUUUUCCAGGAGUUGCUCAGGUGGAUCCAACAUUGCCAUUGUGGUGGGAUUAAUUGAGUUAUAAAGUGGAAGGAUUGGUGCUGGUGUGUCUUGGUGAUCAACUCCUAGUGACUCCUUUACUGCUGAUGCUUAUUCUAAUAGUCCUUCCAGAAACAAAAUGCUGAGCUUGAAUUUAUGGAGAAAUGGCAACAUGGUCUUCAAAAUAAAUCUCAGUUGCUUUCAAACCACGAAAA